AAAUUUUGAUGACAAAAAUAGCCACCUCUGAUUUUAUGAUCAAAUGGAGCAUGGCACUUUGACCAGUAGAAAACUCAAUGCUGAGUCUACUAUCCAGCCAAAAUCUCCUAUAUUUCUUAUAGUUCCAUUUGGAUGCAUAAGUUAUUCAUUUUGUUAUGCAACAGAACUUUUUGUUCACUGACAUCAUAUUGUAUUGUGGCUUUGUAAUUUACACAAGAAUUUGUGUUACACCUGAUUUUAAGACCAAACAGAAUGCAACUAUAUGUAUGUCAGGAUCAAGUUAUAUACAUAUAGUGAUGUCAUAAGUGUAAUAAUAGAAUAAUAUCUCUUAUUACAACGUUAACUUUAUUACAUUAAUGACCCUAAGGGUCUCAAGAAAUCCGGCGGCGACGAGAGGAAAUUUACGUCAGUUUCCAUAGUUCGUGCCCAAGAUGUUCGCGCAAUAGAUGUCUUCCUUCAACCAGUGGUCGCCAGUUUCCAAUUGCUGCGUGUCGUAGAUGCUUUUGUCGGGCGCACCUACGGGAGGUGGCACAAGGCAGUCCAGGCGUAGCAAGGAUCGGUGGCAGGUUAAGGAUAGAGUUGAUAAGCUUAAGUUAGUUCAGUUGAGAUUCGCCAGAUCAAAUAAGAGUUAGUUCAAUUUAGAUUCAUGGGCUUAAGUUAGUUCGCCAGAUCAGUUGAGCUUAAGUUAGUUCAGCAAAGAUGAAGCUUAAGUUAGUUCGGUUGAGUUAGAGAUUUGGUUGCUAGAAAUCGUGUAAACGCUACUUAUUUAGGGAGUGGCCGAAAGUUGAAGGAAUCAAGCAAUGAAAUAAGUUAGCUUCAUCUAAUUGCUGCUCAGAGCCUCUGCAAAGAGGGCGAGUACUCCUCCCGAGCCUCUGCAAAGAGGGUGAGUACGCCUCCCCCUUCCCCAGUUCAUAUCAUCUUUGGUAUCAUUCAUGGGCAAUCCUGUGACCAUGGCCAACAUCAUGUCGAAGCUCGACAAAAUUCUCUCGGCGGUUGAUCAUCACAGCGAUGAAAUCUCACAUAUCCGACGUAGUUCUCGUCGCUCAAUGUGGUCGUCAACCAUCUGCAAAGUAAAGCGCUGGUGCGUGAGACCAACGGCACUGGCAACAGCGAAGCCGGUGGCUCCGGUAAGCUAUCCAACGAGCGCAAGUCUGCAUUAGCCACUGUCACAUUGAACGACCGGCUUCCCAUGUGCACAAGUUUCGUUUUCCAGAUUUCGACGGCAAGGAAGACACCAUGAUUUGGCUACACUGCUGCGAACAGUUCUUCCUCGCCCAACACACGCCGGAGGAUGAAAAUGUUUGGCUAGCGUCGUUCUAUAUGAUGGGAACGGCUCGGUAGUGGUACUACCGCCUGGAACGUAAUCGAGGGGUGCCAACUUGGCCACAAUUCGUCGACUUCGUCAAUGUCCGGUUCGGCCCUCCGGUUCGUAGCAGUCCUUUCGGCGAGCUCACGCAUCUACGCUGCAUGGGAUCUGUUGGAGAUUAUCAGGAGCAAUUCUUCACGCUUCUCGUACGGUGCCAUGUGGUGACGGAGCUUCAGCAAGUCAACAUCUUCACAACUGGCCUGAAGAACCCAUUGCGCACUGACGUCAAAUUCCAGCGGUCAACUACGUAUAAGAUGCGAUGAAUUUGGCACGGGCUUUUGCUCGCCGCUUGGACGUGGUAGAUGAGGACUUCCAGAUGUGGAGCAGACCGCCACAUCCACCACAUGCAGGCCUACCUAAUUGCGGUGCCGCAUCCACGACAGGGCCAUCAAGGGUCGCCCCACCAUCUGCAUCGGCUCCAGUGGCGCCAAAGCCCCCCCCCCCACACCCCAGCAUCGACGUGCACGGUGUCGACCGCCGGAACCCGCUUUUCGCAACUUACGUCGGCAGAGAUGGCGGAAUGCUGCCUAAAAGGACUUUAAUUGUUCGGAGAAAUUCUCCUAGGAACACCUGCAACAGUGUUCCAUGAAAAGAAUCUAUCUCUUGGAGCUUGGUGAAGACUUGUGGACGCUGGAUCGGUGGAGGAUGUUCGUGAGAUUUCCAUGCACGCCAUCACAUAAAUUGGCUCCAGCCAAUCCAUGCACUUGUCAGUUGAGAUAUCGGGCAAGAGCGUGCGCGCACUUGUUGACACCGGUUCCACCCACUCAUUUGUCACCGAACAUAUUGUGCGCUCGGCUUCGUCUCGGUGCUGUAGCCAGGCUUGUCAGUGGGCAUGGGCGAAUGACGAUCGUCUUUUGUUGCUCUGGGAUAUGCAAAGCGACGACGAUGAAGAUCGGUGACGAGGAAUUUUGUAUCCGUUUGUAUGUGCUAGCCCUGAAAGGGUACGAACUCGUCUUGGGGAUUCAGUGGUUACGAACAUUAGGGCCGGUGCUGUGGGACUUCGAGCGACUAUCCAUGUCUUUCUGGCGUGAUGACCACCGUGUGCAGUGGAUCGACGUGGAUGCGCCAUUGGGCCCUCGUCUCCAUGUUCUGCGCUCCGAUGAUCUCAAUUAUCUAUUAGUGAAGUUUAGUGACAUCUUCGAAGCAUCGCAGGACUUACCUCCUCGUCGGCGGUUUGAUCACCACAUACAUUUGCUACCCAGAACAACGCCAAUGGCAAUCCGGCCAUAUCGAUACCUGCAGAUGUUGAAAGAGGAGAUUGAGCGCCAAUGUGAAGACUUGCUUCGUCAGGGUAUCAUACGAGAGAGCACGUUGGUGUUCUCCUCACCGGUGCUCUUUGUGCGCAAGCAGGACAACUCCUGGCACUUCUGCGUCAACUACCGGGCUUUGAACGCGAAAACGGUGAAGGAUAAGUUUCCGAUCCCGGUAAUUGAUGAGCUAUUGGAUGAACUAAAGGACGCUCGGUUUUUCACCAAAUUGGAUCUCUGCAGUGGCUACCACCACGUGCUGAUGCAUCCACUGGAUGUGGAGAAGACAGUGUUUCGUACCCACCAUGGACACUGAUUUUCUUGUGAUGUCCUUCGGGCUCACGAACACACCUUCAACUUUUCAAGCUCUCAUGCUGGUAUUUUUCGACGACAUUCUUAUCUACAGCGCGUCGUGGUCGGAGCACUUACAACAUAUUUGCGUUGUGUUCCUACUAAUGCAGGCGAAGUAGCGCGGGGGGCUCCCCAGCAGCGGAAGCGGGUGAAGAGCCCGGUGUUGGCCCUUCGACAAAGAGGAAGCACCCAGAGCGGUCGCCGAAGGUGGGCUGCACCAAGAAAGCUGUUUCCCUCCGGAAAAGACGUCUCCGGAGGGCUCUGCUGCUUCGUGCGACAUGGCCCGUCGGGAGAGUUCUGAAGGCGCGUAGGAGGUCCAGGCGCCGAAGUCCUUGUUUCGCUCGCGCGUCGAUCUUCCAACGUUAAUUCUGAGCCAGGAUGAGGAAUUGACAGAGGCGGGCGCAAUAACCGAGCCCGCCAUUCAGGAGGAGCCCGAAGCCGAAGGUGCCGACGACGUAGAAGUGGCGGCGUACUCAUCGCCCUCAUCACCUUCGAGCUCAUCUUUCGAGACCGAAGAGUCAACGCCGAGUGCGCCCCGCCGCAGAGGGAAGGGUUUGAUGGGUCUCGGCGGGCUGCUCGACGCGAAGGCCAUUGCGCCUGAGGCAUUGUGCCUCGCCGCUUUUGAACCGAGUAUCGGGGAGGUCAGUGAUGCGAAGAAGAUGUUUGGAACCUUCGUCCUUCCUGAACUCGAGAUUCCGGUUGCCCAGAAGUCUACAAGCGAGCUGAUCGAUGCAUUCGAUGUGGCUAUAGUGAAGGUUUUGCUCCUCUCAUGAGCUCAACGUAAGCAAGUUGAAAAAUCCGAAGCCCGGGCCCGAAGCGCUCAGGCCCAGAUUGACUUGUUGCAAAAACGGGCGGAAAAAGCUGAGGGCCAGAAAUGCGAGAUGUCGCGGCGAGCGAAGGAUGCAGAAUUACGACUGGAGCAGCUUGAAAGGGAGGUUAGCACCCUUCGCUCGGAGAAGGGGAUUGCGGACAGCGAAGUAAGCUGUCUUCGCCAGAACCUGCAGUCCUCUGAGGCGCAAGUAUGCGAAUUGCAAGCACUUUGCGCGUCGGAGAAAGAGAAAGCUGAGCGGUUGUAAGCUGAAUUAAGCGAAGCGAAGGCUUAUAACGACGAUGCUCUUAAUGUCAUUGGGGAGCUUGUGCCGAAGGCGGUCGCCGCGUGCGAAGCAAUCAGUCAUACCUUCGAAGGUAUUGGCGCCUCGACGACUCCCCCAUCAAUCGAACUCGUAGGGCUGGGUGGACUUAUUAGUUGGAUCAAUGAGACCAGUGGUAGCCUCCUUCCUACCGCACAACUUUACGGCGACUUCUGCGCAAUGGUUGCUGCCCGAAGUCUUGUGCAGUCUGUCGAGAUGAUGGGUUGCGACCAUCAUACUGCUCUCCAAAGGCCUUCCUUCCAGUACCCUUCGGAUCUGUCUACUUCGGCCGUUACAAAGGCAUCGAAGAGCACUGCUCGAUCAUUCACCACCAAUUAUUGGUGCAAGCAUGGCCGCGAGCUCGCUCUUCGAGAAGUCGAAAUGAACUGACAAAGGGUAUGUUGAGUUGAACUUUUGUUUUGUCUGAUCGAAGAUUAUAAAAGGGGUUAUGUGUAGUAAUAAUGAAUUUAUUAUUAUUAAUUUUUUGUUAGGCCAAGGCGAGGGAUGACCCCUCAUCGAAACUGACGACCACGACAGCCUAAGAUACUGGGAAGGUGGGCUGAAUCGGCGCGAAGGGUCGUAUUGUUUAUGCUUUCGCUUUUGUAAUUGACGAUGUAACACAUUGCUUGUGUAAUAUAUUUUAUGUUUAUAUCGAAGUGUUAAUUAACCUUUUUGCACUCCCUGCGCAGGUCCUUCCUUCGGACACUGCGCAGGUAGCCAAAGAAGCUGUGCCUUUGACCAUGAUGAGGGCAAUUUUUAUAUGUCCUGGUCCUGCUGGGAAUCAUUUCACCGACGUCAUGCCGUAUCGAACUCGAGCGGUAUUGGCAUGCGAAGUGUAGGUCGUAUGAUGAUAUGAACGCUAGGACAAAAGCGUUUUGGAAAUCUGUUAGUCCUUCGACGCUAGCUAGUCGACGAACUGAACGGAAUCUGCGUCGUGCAACGAAAGGAGACGUUGAAGGCACAUCGGUGCUCCUUGAGCCGAAGAUUGAACCUCAGGACGAAGAGCUGGUUUUGCACAGACCGCAAAUUUGCUAUCAGCGUGGUCCCUCUUCGCAGGUAGUGAGGCGCAGUGGUAGCGACGACGAUAUCCCUACGUCGCCGUCAUAUUGUACUCAAGUUGGGGCCCAUCCGGUCCCAACGUCGCAUUUUCAUGCCAGCGAAGGCAUUGCUUAUUAAUUUUCUUUCAGUCGUUUGUAUAAGGAUUUUGAUGAUCGAUGUUGAUUCUGAUGCAGAAUAAAUCGGUUUUGUAUUAUGAUUUGUUCUUUUGUUAUACUUUUAGUGGCAUGGCGCCCGAAGUGUUUUCUACGAUUCGAGGCGUUCUGAAUCUUAGUUGGAUCUUUGGGUCAGACGUAUUUGGCGAAGCCCUCCCCUCGAAUUUCGCCGCAGUUUCCUACGAUUGCAUGGGGCUAAUAUU